AUGGGUCCCCUAAAUGCUAAUGAUGAAUAUUGGCCCCUAUUCAGGCGUCACUCACUUGACCCAGUCACCAAUUUUGCUGGUACAUGCCUUUUUUUAAUGGCACUUAGAUUAAACCUUGUUAUUUUAAACGGCCUCUCCUCGGGGGACUGCCCUGGCCAAUUUACUUACUGGUCAGGCCUAAGGCAUUCUGUUAUUGACUACAUCCUUGUCUCCCAAGAACUUUUCGAUGAAUAUAUUGAAUUUACUGUAGAUACAAGAACCGAAAGUGACCAUUUACCCCUAAAUCUUAAAAGGACUGAAUUUUGGGAACCCUCUAGAUGUGGGCUUGCCCCGCAGACUCCUGAUCCUAGCGCUUUACAACAAAUAGGUAGAUCCAGAAUUAAAUGGUCCCCUUAUGUUAAUAACCAUUUUGGUAUUUGGACACAAUCAAUGGAAGGUCAACUCCUCUGGGCUGAUCUGACUUCCAACGACACUGAAGAGACCUCCCCAAUCGACCAUUAUAACACAUUAAUCCGAAAACUCCAACCGUUAUUGUCAAGACCCAGAAGAUCUAACCAAAAUGACUCCCCUACCAACAAAAAAUGGUUUGACCACGAAUGCACUCAGGCAAAACUUAUACUCAGGGAAUGCUUUAAGGUCUUCCAGCAAAAUCCUAACCCUAUCACUAAAUUGGAGUUACAACUUAAAAAAAAGAACUACAAAGAGUUAUUAAAAACCAAAAAAGAACCGCAGACUCUCUCAUCUGGCAGGCCCUCAUAAAAGCGUCAAUAGAAAAAGACAAUUCUAACUUCUGGAAAAUCAUCUCCAGUCAAACCAAAGCUCCUAAUGAGGGCACAAUAAUCCCUGCAAAUUCAUGGGAAGAGCACUAUAAAGUGCUGUUUAGGGAACAUUGUCCUUCUGCGCCGCUUAACAUCCCCUUAGAUAAUGAUACACCAUGGCCCCCAACAUCUGAAACUGAAAUCGCUUCGCUAAUUCUACAAAUGAAAUCUGGCAAAGCCCCAGGAAGUGAUUUCAUUGUCGCUGAACUUUGAAAGCGCAAAUAAACUGGUGGGCCCCGGUCCUUGCAAAUCUAUUUUCAUAUAUAGACAAGACAACUGAAAUCCCUAAAGAUUGGGGACUAGCUAUAAUUGUUCCCAUAUUUAAAAAGGGCAACCCCUCUGAUCCAUCUAAUUAUAGACCAAUUAGUCUCCUGAAUGUGAUCUGUAAACUUUAUACAAAACAUCUAUGCCUAAAAUUAUGGGAAUGGUUAGAUCAUAACAACUUGCUAGAAAUUGAACAAGCAGGGUUUACAUCCGGACGUUCCACCAUUGAUCACUGCUUAGUGUUAGAUUACUUUGUCUAUAAGUAUGCGAAAUAUUGGAAAAAGUCAUUAUAUGCGGCCUUUGUGGACCUAAAGGCAGCAUUUGAUUCUGUAUCUAGGAGCAGGCUCUGGGCCAAAUUGGCCAAUAUGGGUAUUAACAGAAGGUUAUUACUUCUGAUGAUUAAGCUUCAUGAGAACAAUACCCUCCAGAUAAGACUUGCACAGGACGGCAGACUCUCUAGAGAAAUCCCAGUCCAAAGAGGAGUUAGACAAGGAUGCCUAUUAGCCCCAUUCCUAUUUAACAUCUAUGUUAACUCCCUGGUCACAUGCUGCCGUGAAAUUGAAACCCACCCCCCUGUGUUCUCUAAUGGCAGAAAAGUACCAAUUUUAAUGUAUGCGGAUGACGCCGUUCUUCUCUCUCAAACCAAAGUGGGUCUGAAACGUGCCUUAGGAAAGUUUAGUGACCAAUGUAACACUGAACUGCUAACAAUUAACUUUGCCAAAACCAAAAUUGUACAUUUUAACCGCUCCUUCAGGAAGGAUAAUUGGAGCGUAAAGGGAAACGCCAUUGAACAGACUAAGACCUUCCAAUAUUUAGGCAUUACUUUCUCUUAUAAUGCCAAAUUCUCAGCACACUUGACCACAUCAGCUAUAUCAGCAGAAAGAAGUGCAAAUGCUAUCCUUAGAUUAUUCAGAAGGAAAGGAGCUGGCUUCCUCCCGAUGGCCCUAACAGUCUUUCAGGCAAAAUCUUUAGCCCAACUUCUAUAUGGCUCUCAAAUUAGCCCCUCUGCCAACCUUAAGACCCUUGAAACAGUACAAUCUAAAUUCUUAAGAUCAUUAUUUGCUACCCCUAAGUGUACACCUAAUGCAGUCUUAAGGCAAGAGGCAGGACUGCCCAGAGUGGAAUUAAAAGUCUGGGAACAAGCAAUAUCCCUCUGGCUGAAAAUCCAUUACAAUCCUAAGGGUCUAUUACCUUGCUUCCUGGCCGCAGUUCCCUAUCCUCCUUGGCUUAUGCAAAUAACUAACAAGAUCAAACAAAUUGGCCUAAACCCUGAAAAUAUUUUUAUUGGAACUCUGAACAAGGCAAAAGCUACUAUUACUCGGAGACUUUAUGAUAUCGAAUUACAACAAGAAGGCGCCCUACUCCCAGAGACGUAUAGAUGUUUAAAAGCUUGGCCUAAUUUUACAGCUGCCCCUUACUUAACCAACAUCACUAGCGAAGCCUAUAGAUGGGCUUUCUCUAGAGCCCGCUUUGAGACAAUGCCCUCAGCAGUGCUGUACGGCAAAUUCACGCGGGUUCCAAUGCAUGCGCGUCUCUGCCCUUGUAUGUCUAAUAAGGUAGAAUCUGUCACACACAUUCUUCUAUCUUGCGAAUUCUAUAGUGAAGAACGAGCUCAACUUAUUUUACCGCUUUUAUCAAAAUUUAUACCCCUUCAAUAUUAUUUGGAAUCCUCCCUGAAAUUCUUCGAAAAUACCUCCUGGAAGAUUCCUCAAGCUCAGUAUCAUAUGAGGUGGCUAAAUUUUGCACUUUAG